AUGGUGAACAAUCUGAAGAAUGUUGAUAAAGAGGUUAACACAGAAGCUGUUGAAAUUGAGGUUGUGAAGGAAAUCAAAAAUGAAGAAGUUGAGAAAGCUGUUACUGAAGAACAGCAGAUUGGAGAAGAUGUGAAGAAAGAAGAAGAAGAAGUAAAGAAUAAGAAUUUGGUAGCUGCUGAUGCUGGUGAUGAAGUUUGUGUUGAAGAAAAGCAAGAUGAUGCUGAGAUGAAGCAGAUAGAAGCUGCUGAAAACACCGAGGUGCCAAUCACUGAGAUGUUGUUCAAGACUGCGAUCCCGACAACCGAGUCUAAGGGGAAGUAUGAAGACGAGCUCAACGCAAGAGGAAGCGUGGAUUCAAAGAACCAGGAAACUAUCCUGAAGGAGCUUGUAUAUGUAAAGCCAGCAGAGAAUGUGUUUUCUACUGGUGUUAGAGGUGGUACAUCUGUUGUUCCUCCUAUUUUCCAAGGACAUCAAUACAUGUCAACUGAACAACUACACAAGGAACUUGAAGACACAACUGCUGUUUGUACUGAGAAAACAGCCACUGAAGGAAAACUUGAUCUGAUAGUGAAAGAAAUCAGAAAUCAAAAGUCAGAUAUCAAAGUUUUAUCAGAAACUGUCAAAGCUGUGCAGAAGCAAACAGAAGACAACGCUGCAGCCCUCAACAAACUACAAGAGUCAUCAGAAAACAGGGAGAGCUCAUCAGAAUUCAAGAAAGCUCUCAAAGAACUGCAAGAAAUUAAUAAACAGAUGGCUGAGGUUGCAAGUGCAGGGGAAAGCUCAAGUACAGGAAGAAUCCUUGAAGAAAUUCAGUUCCUCAGAGCUAACAAUAGCAGCAUGGCUGAGGCUUUUGAGAAGCUGAUGGUGGAAUUGUCUACACAGAAAGAUCAAAAUAAACUGGAACUUCAGAAAAUGAAGAAACAAGAAGAAUCAAAUAUUCAAGAUCUUGCUGAUGUUCAUCUGUUGGUAAAGAGGUUGCAGUAUAAUGUUGCCAGACUGGCAAAAGUUGAUUUUCAUGAACUGAAAGCCCCAAUUCCACAAGAAAAUCCAGCAGGGGAGUCAGAAACUCCUCAACAAAAAUUCAAACAACCAGAAAUCACUCAACAAGAUCCAACCAAACAAUCAGAAACUUCAACACCACAAAAACAGAAGAUUCCCAUGGGUCCUCCUCCAAGUAAGCCAAAGUUACUCAUGGGUCCUCCACCAAACAUCCCAAAGCCAGAUACUUCAACGGUCCAAUAG